AUGCCCGCUCCCCUGCGUGGCACCUUAUUCUAUCGCUUUGGCAGCAAAUUACCGGCCAUGGGUGGGAGCGAAGCGAGAUCCGUCAUUGGUGUGAAACGUGAGCAGCCAAUUUCGGAGUCUGAUUCUGAGAAUAAGGGCCCUUCCAGCAAGAGGAUUAAGAAGAAUGCGGGGAUGAAGGCAAAGGCUACGGAAAUAAAUGCAACCAACUCCCUGUUCCGAAAAUUUGUGAACAAUGCUCUGGAUGAACGGGCUGCUGGAAGCAAUGCCAAUUUUGAGCUUCUCCGGCGGAAAUUCUCGGCCGACCCCGGCAAUGAAGACGCACCGUCUUCUUUGGAGUUGCAGAAUACUAUUUUGGCUCUUACAAAUACCGUCUCGAGGCUGAAUGGAUCGUGUUCCCAACUAGUGGAGGAUAUUAUCAACUGCCAAUGGGUAGCGAGGGAGAGCGGCUUUGUGGUAUCAUAUGUGAAGCUAUUGGGUAAUUUAGUCAGCGCACAUUCGAAUUAUAUGGAUCUGAUCGUCAACAUGCUCGUUCAACAUUUGGUUUGGUUGCGUAGUUCGGCAGGCCAGCUGCCCAACCAUACACCAGUCAAGAGAAGCGUCAUAUAUGAGCGUGUUCAUUAUGCACUGCAGUUCAUUCUUGACCUAGUCCCGACUGCAGCUUUCUCUACCCUUUUUCCGGCAUUAAUAUCUGAGUUUCCUCACAAAAGCGAGAGCAAGAAGGCCCACGUUACUUACGUCACGAAUCUAUUACGAGUUAUCGAGUAUGCCCCUUCACUUCGAAACAAGUUAUUGACCUUCAUCACCGACCGGGUUAUUAAAAUCGACACGGAAAUUCAAGCCGACCUUGACGACUUGGAAGACGAACAAGGCGAGGAGUUGGAGGCCGAGAUUACAGAGACAGAAAUGGAGAGAAACGGGGACAUGGUGACAAAUAUCAAGGACACUGUGGAUAAGCUCGACGUUAUGCUUGACCUAUUGUUCUCGUAUUACUCAAAGAGUUUUCCAAACAAGAGUGUUGAAAGCCCUACCCAAGAGUCCAUCGAGAACUUUACUCUUAUCAUGAGGCUUUUCAAUAGCAUCAUUCUGCCCACAUACCGCUCCCGCUACACACAAUUUCUGGUAUUCUGGGCCGCGCAGAAGGCUCCACGCUUCUCAGAUACCUUCUGCGCUGCUGCUAUUACCAAUGCAUUGGACAAUGCACUUCAGCCUGGUACCAGACAAGCGGCGGCGGCCUAUGUCGCUUCAUUCAUUGCUAGGGCUAAACUAAUGCCUGGCCAAUAUGUCCAAAUGGCCACAAAUGUCAUGUGUCGAUGGCUCGGGACUUUUGUGGAUGAACGGUCUGCAGAAUGUGAGGGGCCUGAUGUCUCAAAAUGGGGUGGGUUUUACAGUGUCUGUCAAGCUGUCAUGUAUAUUUUCUGUUUUAGAUGGAAAGAUCUCAGAGUGGUUGAGGAGGAUGAGUUCGGUAUUAUUGGAGAGCGGUGGAUGGGAUUCCUCCAGGAUCUUAACAAGGCCAUCAUUUCCAAGUUUAACCCCUUAAAGGUUUGUUCACCAGCCGUUGUCGAGACGUUCGCGAAGAUCGCAUCCUACUUUCAAUUGGUCUACUGCUUUACCAUCAUUGAGCAAAAUAAGCGCAAAGGGCUGAGUAGUCAAGAGGAGCUGGAUAGUUACUUCCCUUUUGACCCGUACAACCUAAGGCGAAGUAAACAAUGGAUCCAAGGCUGCUAUAACGAAUGGGAGCCUAUCGAGGGGCUUGAGAAUGAGGAAGAGGAAGACAACGACAGUUCUGGAGAAAGUGAUAAUGACAAUGAAAGUAUUGUUGAGGAAGAAGUAGAUGACGAAAGCGAGGCUCACGAAUAGAGGUCUCAAUUUUUCUCUUCCUUCACUCAGAUGUUUUAGACGAAAAGCAUUGCGAUAGACGGGCCCUCCCGGUUUGCUCCAACAACAAAAGGUUCCGUUUUUUUUUUUUUUUUUUUGGUUUGCCAUGCGAAGAGGGGUCGGUCUGUUGGGUUUUUUUUCUCAGAUGUUUCAAAAAGUGAUUUAUUGGCAUGGCGUUCGUGGAGCGGCGUUGAUCUCAUUAGGGAGAAUCAUGACUACAAUUUUUGUUUGGUAGUGGCUUGGGCUUUUUUCCCAAAAUUUCUAUUUCUGCUUGAAUGCUCGAGUGCUUUGCUCAAGCAAUCACUGUGGUUUCUAGUCUAUGCAUUGUGGUCGUGGUGUGGGUGGGUCGUUCUGCUUAAGCAAGUGCUGUGCCGGUUUUGUCAUGUUAGCUA